AUGCGUCGCAAUGCUGUUCGCUUUAUGCUGCUGUUUGUUUCGUUCUGCCUUUGGCACUUUCGGCCACCUCAUGUAUCCUUUGCCCAAUCACCACGGCAGCCCAAACUAUUGGAGCAGAAACUCUCCGAGGUGUCCUCUGACAAAGUUUCAGACUGGAUUAAGGUACAAAUUGAAGAUUUGGGAUAUGGUUUCGACAUCGCAGAGAAGGUUGGCCAGGCUUUGUCUGGUUUUACACGGCAGGUUCUGAUGAGGAUGUCUCGUGAUGAUUUGUUUUCGGAGCUGGGAAGCACAACCAUUGAUGGCAAUAUGAAAAGAGCACUUGCGCGCGGUCUGAACUUGUGCAUUCAAGCUGCUCCUCAACCACAACCACUACAACCAGUAGCAACACCUUCUGAGACGGACAAACCUUUCGCAUUGGCAUUGGAUGAUGCGAAGCUGGAUGAGAGCGGGCGAAUGCUCACAACUGAAAAGGGCAGUUUCAAGCGACAGAGCACGUCUGAAAUUUGGAAUGAGAAGAAAUUCUAUAUUCGGGAAUGCUACCAGCACAUUGCCGACCUCAUGUUCCAGAAGAACCCCCCUGCCAUGUCCCUGCUGGGCUCAUCAGGAAUUGGGAAGUCCAACUUUAUGAUUUAUCUCAUUUGGCGACGCUUUCAAGACCCAGAGCUCAGCAAAUUUCCUGUUUUUCUGCACCGACUAGACAAAAUCACGCAGUUUAAAACAGGUGAGGAGCCACUGGAGGUUGAUGUCAGGACAUUAAGGUCAGCACCGAGCCAAGCGUUGUAUAUCAUGGAUGCGGACAAUCAAUACGAAUGCUAUGUUGAUUGCCAGUCCUUGUGGAUUACAUCGGCAAGGAAACCAGAGAGCCCAGCAUUCAAUACCGAACAUUUCAAGCAUGCCAACAACUGUUGUGGGGAGUUCUUUUUGCCACCAUGGACUUUGGACGAAAUGCUGGAUGCCAAGGCUAUGCCCCUUCAUGGACUGCCACAGCAAGUAGUUGAAGAGCGGUUUGGCAUCUUUGGGGGCACUGCACGGUUUGUAUUGCGCACUGAUGAAAAUUUGGUCCAAAAGGACAGGGAGAGGCUUGAAGGCGCUUUGAAUAGUGCAGACGCGCUCUCAACUCUGGAGAUAAGUUCUGACAUGAAGGCAAUCAGCAAGAACACACACCUUCUGGUAAAGAUGUAUCCCAAGAGAAACUUUUCCUUCUUUGAUGUCAAUGUGUCGUCUCCUUAUGUUUGCCAAGAGUUGGUGAAGAGAAACUGGCAAAAACGAAGGAAAGCUCUUUGGGAGCGUAUAGAGGAGGGGAGGAUUACAGGCAUUGGGUUUGCCUUGUUUGAAGAGGCAUUUCAUCAGUUCAUGCAGGACCAGAAGCUCCCCAAGGUCAAACUCCGAGCCAGGCGCCUCACUAGGGAUGGAACACAAAGUGAUACAACAGUUGGAUUCACAGGUGGGCUUGACGGAGUGCUUAUUACAGGCAAUCCCAAGCCAGUCAUUGAGGCUGGCAAGUACUACCAGCCAACAAGCAAGACAUUCCCGGCCUUUGACGCAUGGACUUCAGAGGGUUUGUUUCAGAUGACAGUCGCUGCCACACACAAAAUCAAAUUUCCCGAAAAAGGGGAACCGGGACAACAGGCAUCCAAGGUUGCCGUCGAGGCUGCGAAGAAGCAUGGUGGCAAGGUCAAGUUCUACUUCGUUGUUCCUUCGUUUCAGUUCGAUGGAGGCUGGAAAGGGGUGCAGAAAGUUGAUUUUCCGGAAAAUCCGGAGAUGGAAGACAAGAUUGAGCAAUGGGUAGUAUGCUUUGAGGAGAACCUUCCAAAGUGA